AUGGGAAAGUGCUCGGGAGCGCGCCGGAGCCCAGGGCUGGGGAGGGCGGCGGGAGCGAAGUUGAAAGAUAAUCUUCUGUUCAGUGAUGAAAUUAUCACUAAUGGCUUCCAUUCCUGUGAAAGUGAUGAGGAUGAUAGAGCCUCACAUGCAAGCUCUAGUGACUGGACUCCCAGGCCACGGAUAGGUCCAUAUACUUUUGUUCAACAACACCUCAUGAUUGGAACAGACCCUCGAACAAUUCUAAAAGAUUUACUACCAGAAACAAUCCCUCCACCAGAAUUGGAUGAUAUGACGCUGUGGCAGAUUGUUAUCAAUAUCCUUUCAGAACCACCAAAAAGAAAAAAAAGGAAAGAUAUUAAUACAAUUGAAGAUGCUGUGAAAUUACUGCAGGAGUGCAAAAAAAUCAUAGUUUUAACUGGAGCUGGGGUAUCUGUCUCCUGUGGAAUACCUGACUUCCGGUCAAGAGAUGGCAUUUAUGCCCGCCUUGCAGUGGACUUCCCAGACCUUCCCGACCCUCAAGCAAUGUUUGAUAUUGAAUAUUUCAGAAAGGAUCCAAGACCAUUCUUCAAGUUUGCAAAGGAAAUAUAUCCCGGACAGUUCCAGCCAUCUCUCUGUCACAAAUUUAUAGCUUUGUCAGAUAAAGAAGGAAAACUACUUCGCAACUAUACUCAGAACAUAGACACACUGGAGCAGGUUGCAGGAAUUCAAAGGAUAAUUCAGUGUCAUGGAUCCUUUGCAACAGCAUCUUGCCUGAUUUGUAAAUAUAAAGUUGACUGUGAAGCUGUACGAGGGGAUAUUUUUAAUCAGGUGGUUCCUCGAUGUCCUAGGUGCCCAGCUGAUGAACCACUUGCUAUCAUGAAACCAGAGAUUGUCUUUUUUGGUGAGAAUUUACCAGAACAGUUUCAUAGAGCCAUGAAGUAUGACAAAGAUGAAGUUGAUCUCCUCAUUGUUAUUGGGUCUUCCCUGAAAGUAAGACCAGUAGCACUGAUUCCAAGUUCCAUACCCCAUGAUGUGCCUCAGAUAUUAAUUAAUAGGGAACCUUUGCCGCAUUUGCAUUUUGAUGUAGAGCUUCUUGGAGACUGUGAUGUCAUAAUUAAUGAAUUGUGUCAUAGGCUAGGUGGUGAAUAUGCCAAACUUUGUUGCAACCCGGUAAAACUUUCUGAAGUUACUGAAAAACCUCCACGAACACAAAGGGAGUUGGUUCAGUUGUCAGAAUUGCCACCCACACCUCUUAAUAUUUCAGAAGACUCAAGUUCACCAGAAAGAACUUCACCACCAGAUUCUUCAGUGAUUGUCACACUUUUAGACCCAACUAAGAGUAAUACUGAUUCAAAUGUGUCAGAAUCAAAAGAAUAUAUGGAAGAAAAAUCACAGGAAGUACAGCUUUCUACUAGGAACAUUGAAAGUAUGACCGAACAGUUGGAGAAUGCAGAUUUGAAGAAUGUUGGUUCCAAUAUUGGAGAGAAAAACGAAAGAACUUCAGUUGCUGAAACAGUGAGGAAGUGCUGGCCCAUUCGACUUGCAAAGGAGCAGAUUAGUAAGCGUCUUGAUGGUAAUCAGUAUCUGUUUUUACCACCAAAUCGUUAUAUUUUCCAUGGCGCAGAGGUAUAUUCAGAUUCUGAAGAUGAUGUCCUAUCCUCUAGUUCUUGCGGCAGUAACAGUGAUAGUGGAACGUGCCACAGCCCAAGUUUAGAAGAGCCCUUGGAGGAUGAAAGUGAGAUUGAAGAAUUCUACAAUGGAUUGGAAGAUGAUGUUGAUGUUUCAGAAAGACCCGGAGGACCUGGAUUUGGGACUGAUGGAAGUGAUCAAGAGGCCAUUAAUGAAGCUUUAUCUGUGAAACAGGAAGCAGCGGACAUUAACUAUUCAUCAACCAAAUCAUAAUGUAAUAGUAGUACUAGGUACAAGAAUUGUUCUACCAGCAUUAGGAACUUUAGCAUGUCAAAAUGAAUGUUUACUUGUGAACUCAAUAGAGCAAGGAAACCAGAAAGAUGUAAUAUUUAUAGACAGAUAAUAGGUUGUUUCUUCAUGGAUAAUUUCAUUAUUUCUAUAUUUGUACACUCAACACUAACUUUUUUUUUUUUUUUGCCUUAAAGGUACUAAGUAUCUUUAAUCAGCUCUUGGUCAAGAUGUUCACAUUCUUUUGUAAAAGUUCCUUUGUGUGAUACAUCCAUAUGUAUAUAUAAUUUUGUUUUUACCUAGUGAUUUUCAACAUUUUAAAGUUUUCAAAAAGCCAUUGGAAUGUUAAAAUUAAUGUGAAGGGAACAGCUUUAUCUAGACCAAAGAAUGGUGUUUUCACACUUUCCUUUGUAACGUCAAACAGUUUAACAUCCUUAAAUCUCUGUUCUGCUAAACUUCUGGUUCUUUAGCACAAUUACCCAUUUUUAAACACUGGCAUUUUCCAAAACUUGUGGCAGCUAACUUUUUAAAAAUCUCAAGUGACAUACAUGCAAUGUGAGUAAAAGUGAGUUUGCGAUAUAUGGGAGAACAUGCAAUUGUCUUUGAAGUAGGGCUUGGUGCUUGCUUUUCAGAAAACAGUGCUAAGAGCUCCAGGAAUAUUAUAUUCAAAGGAAGAUGGCUUUGGUGGCUCCUGAAGACAUGUAGUGAUGUCUACAUUGGCUCAUAAAACUGAAAAAUGCUUUGGAAAUGUUUCAGUUGCUUUAGAAACAAUACUGCCUGCUUGAAAUCCCCUUAGCUUUGAGAAUAUUUUUCAUUGUUUAAAUACUUAUCACUGUGGUAGAACCUGAACUGGUCCUUUUCCAAAAGUAUUAAACUGCCAAGAUGUGAAUAUGCAAAAACCUUUCUGAAUUUGUAAUAAUGGUACUUCUACUGGGGAAUGUGUAAUAUUUUGGACUGUUUUUCUUUUUAUUAAUGAGAGCAACAGGCCCUGAGUUAAAAUUCCAAAGUAUAUGUUAAUUAUAACAGCCAGAAAGUACAUGUCCCUUUGGAGACACACUGCACGGCUCCUAUUGGGAGAAUUUGGUGUCGUAAACACCAAACUACUAGCUUAGUAUUAUGGAGAUGAACAUGAAGUAACGUCUGUUAGCAAAAUAGUUAAUGUAUGAAGCUAAUUCCUAUAUGUUUAUUUAAAAGCUUAGCCUGCCUUAAAACUGGAGGUCAACUUUCUCAGCUGCAUAAGUGUCUAGCCUUUUAACAGCAUUCAUACCAUAUAUAAUUGCACAGCUGGCAUUUAUUUUCCUGAUCUUGUUUCCAACAUCCCCAAACUAGACUACUCAUACAUUGCUUUACUAUUUAUUAGAAUAAAAAAAGGGUUGGAAAUACAGCUGUUCUUUAAAGCCUAAAACCCCCCAGCUAGGUCCAUUCCUAUAAAGAAAUUGUACUGAAUGGCCAUUUUCCUAUGUAAAAGAUGUCUCAAUCUAUUUGGCUACACUAAAGAAUGCAGUAUAUUUAGUUUUCCAUAUGCAUGAUAUGUGUUUGUGCUAUAGAUGAUAUUUUAAAUUGAAAAAUUUGUUUUAAAUUAUUUUUACAGUGGAGACUGUUUUCAGCUCUUUUUAUAUUGUACAUAGUCUUUUAUGUAAUCUACGGCAUAUGUUUUGUAGACUGUUUAAUGACUGAAUAUCUUCCUCCAACUUUUGAAAUACAAAACCAGUGUUUUAUACUUGUACACUGUUUUAAAGUAUAUUAAAAUUGUCAUUUGA